AUGCAAUCUUAUUCACUAUAUGCUCUCAUUUUGAUUUUGUUUUUGUGUAUUCAACAACUUUACCAUCUUACUAAAGCUCAACUAGAUGUAGAUGCUCUCUAUAUCAACUGUAAUUCUGCUCUUUUCCCUUCUGGAAGCGUGUAUGGGCACAACUUAAAUCUUACCGUUACAUGGCUUGCCGGCAAUGCUUCUCUAAAUGGCGGAUUUUACAACAUUACUGUGGGACAGAACCUUGAUACUGUUUAUGGCCUUGAACAAUGCACAGCCUAUAUCUCUGUCAACGAUUGUCAAAAUUUUGUAGACAGAGCUGCUAGAAAAAUCAGGGGACUCUGUUCCAACAAGAAGGAGGCCUCCAUAGGCAAUGGAAACUGUUUGAUACACUACUCCAAUAAGCGUUUCUUCUCAACUUUCAAUAGCGGUCGCAGAUAUUCAGAAGCUAAUCAAAACACCGUGACUGAUCCGAUUAUUUGGAAUCGUCAAUUGGCAAACUUGCUGAAGAAUCUUUCAUCAGAUGCUGCCACUGCUCCUGCAAUAUUUGCUCGUGGGACUGCCACUUACAAAGAUUCAGACAAGAUAUAUGCUAUGGUACAGUGUACCAGGGACUUGACAGAAAAGGGCUGCUUAACUUGCCUUGAAGAUGUCAUCGGUUACAUAACUCAGUACUGUGAUGGGAUCACAGGGUGUCGGAUGUAUUCUGAGAGUUGUUUGUUUCGUUAUCAAUCGUAUUCCUUCUUUCUGUCAGCCCCAUCACCUGAAUUAGGACCUUCUCCUCCUCCAUUCCUUGUCUCAAACUCUGCCAUUACCAGAGGUAACAAGAUUACUAAAAAAGCAGUCAUUAUUAUUGCAGCAAUCCUUGUAGUUGUCAGCCUGUUCUUCAUCAGCAACAACAAAAUAAUACCGAUAGUUGGCUGCUGUGUCCAUUUCCCAGAUACAAAUUGCAUUCAAAUAAUAUUCAUGGAGAUGGAAACGGUAGCUUGGAGGUACUUGUGA